AUGUCUCAACAAAACAGUUUAGAAACAAUUCCAACAAUAUUGGAACAAUCUUUACAUCCCCAAUUCUCAAAUCAAGCUGAUAAAACUUUAAAAUCAAUUGAGAAUGAACCGGGUUUCAGUAUAAACUUAUUACAUGUGAUUGCAUCAACUAAUUUACAGCAAUCUGUUAGAUUGGCUGGAGCAUUAUAUUUUAAAAACUUAAUUAAACGAAAAUGGUUAAGUGCAGAUGGAGUCAACUAUUUAUUACCAUUAGAUGAUGUAAACAAAAUCAAAUCAGAAAUUUUAGAUAUUAUGAUUCAAUUACCAAAUCAAUUACAAGUUCAAAUUGGUGAAGCUAUUACUUUAAUUGCUGAGCUGGAUUUCCCUCAUAAUUGGCCAAAUUUAAUUGAUAAUUUAGUUACUAAAUUAUCUUUAACUGAUUUUGUAAACAAUAAAGCUAUUUUAUUGGUUUCACAUCUGAUUUUUAAAAAAUGGCGUCCAUUAUUUCGUUCUGAUGAAUUGUUUUUGGAAAUUAAAUUAGUAUUGGAGAAAUUUGUUGAACCAUUUUUGAAAUUAUUUACUGAAUUGGAUGGUUUAAUCGAGAAAUCUGGCGAGAAUGAAGCCCAAUUAACCAUCUAUUUUGAGAAUUUAUUAUUAUUAAUGCAAAUUUAUUAUGAUUUUAAUUGUCAAGAUAUUCCUGAAUUUUUUGAAGAUCAUAUGAAUGAAUUAAUGAGUAUUGUUCAUAAAUAUUUAGUUUAUGAAAACCCAUUGUUGAAAAAAUCCGAUGAAGAUGAAGAAAUCAAUGUUUUAAUUAAAGUUAAAACUUCCAUUGUUGAAUUAUUAAGUCUUUAUGUAACAAGAUAUGCCGAUAUUUUCCAACCUUUAAUUCAAACAUUUAUCACAUCAGUUUGGGAAUUGGUUAACAAUUAUGUUACUAAACAACCUAAAUAUGAUUUAUUAGUGGUCAAAUCAUUGCAAUUUUUAACUUCGGUUAUCAAGAUUCCAGAAUAUCAAUCCCUUUUCCAACAAGAAAAUUCCAUUAAUGAAAUUAUAGAAAAAAUCAUAUUGCCAAAUAUUUAUUUCCGAGAAAAUGAUGAAGAAACAUUUGAAGAUGAACCAAUUGUUUAUGUUCGUUCUGAUUUGGAAGGGUCUGAUUUUGACUCAAGAAGAAAAAGUGCCACUGAUUUCUUGCGUGAAUUGAAGGAAUUAAAUAGUGAAUUACUUACCAAUGUGGUUAUGAAAUAUGUGAAUCAAUUUUUAAGUCUUUCAGGAAAUGAUUGGAGAAAUAAAGAUACGGCAAUUUAUUUGUUUAGUUCAUUAGCCACCAAAGGUAGUGUAACUAAUAUUGGUGUUACCAGCACUAAUGUAUUGGUUGAUGUUGUCAAGUUCUUUUCUGACAAUAUUGCUAGUGAUUUAGAUUCAACUGCCAGUGUCAAUCCAAUAUUACAAGUUGAUGCUAUUAAGUAUAUCUACAUUUUCAGAAACCAAUUAACUAAGGAACAAUUAUUGAUGACUAUACCAAGAUUGAUUAGUCAUCUUAAUGUUAAAUCAAACCCAGUGGUUUACACUUAUUCAGCAAUCACCAUAGAGAAAUUAUUAUCCAUGACCAACUUUAACCAAGAUCAUGCUCCAGUUUUCAAUAAACAUGAUAUUCAACCAUUUAUCACUGAAUUAAUUACCAAUUUGUUCAACCUUAUAUUAAUGAACAACUCAUCUCCAGAGAAGUUAGCUGAAAAUGAAUUCUUAAUGAAAGGUAUCAUGAGAGUUUUGAACACUAGUGAAGAUAUAUUACAAGAUAGAUUACCAAUUAUUGAACAAUUGUUAUCCAUUUUGAAAAUUACUGCUAAAAAUCCAUCAAAUCCUAAAUUUUCCCAUUAUAUUUUUGAAAGUUUGGGUUUGUUAAUCAAAUUCGGUAUUAAUGAUAAUAAUGCUGACCAAUAUAUACAAUCCAUCAUUCCUGCAUUAUUGGACAUUUUAAGUGAAGAUGUUCAAGAAUUUGUACCAUAUACAUUCCAAAUUUUGGCAUUUUUGUUAGAAAGUUAUCCAAAACAACAAGGAUUACCAGAAACGUACAAGAAUUUGAUUCAACCAUUGUUAUCACCAUCAGUAUGGCAAUUUAGAGGUAAUAUUCCUGGUAUAACUAGAUUAUUGAUUGCUAUUUUGGAACAUGAUCCAAGUACAUUUGUAAGUGGAGGUGUACAAACAUUGACUCCAUUGUUGGGUGUUUUCCAAAAUUUGUUGGCUAGUAAAGUUAAUGAUGGAUAUGGGUUUGAUUUAGUACAAUCCAUUAUGUUGAAUAUUCCAAUGCAAUCUUUGCAACCAUUUUUGUCCAAUAUUGCCAGAUUGAUGUUGACAAGAUUACAAAAAUCAAGAACUGAAAAAUAUGUCAAGAGAUUUAUUGUAUUUUUAAGUAUUUUGGCUAGUGUUUCCUUAAGUUCCGAUAUCAAAACUGUUAAUCAGAAUAUCUUGAAUGGUGAUUUUGUUAUUAAUUUCUUGGAAUCUGUUCAACAAGGUCUUUUCCAACAAAUCUUGACAUCGUUCAUCUUACCUACAUCGUCAACUUUGGCUAAUUUACAAGAUAAAAAGAUUGUCAAUGUUGGUAUUUCUCAGUUGUUGGUUUCUUCAUUAUACACUGCUCAAGUGCCUACAAUUGAAGUGUUGGCAAAGAACUUGAAAUCAUAUGAAGGUAUAUCUAAAAGCAUAGGUGGAACUACUGCCGUCGGUGGUGGUAAUGGUAUUGCUCCAAUUAUUUCAAAUCAACCAUUGAAUGAAUUAGAUAUAGAAUUAAAUGCAUUUGGAUCACAUUUUUCAAGAAUUGUAUCAAUAACUAAUUCAGCAUUUGAUCCAUUAAGUAAUAUCAAGAAUAAUGAUUUUGAAUCUAUUAAAUCAGUAAUUUUAACCAACAUUAAAAAGGUGGAUAUGAAUUAUUUACAUCAAUUGAGUCCUGAAACUCAGGAAAUAUUGAAGAAUUUGGGUUUUUAA